AUGCCAUCUACUACGUUAACAGUCGAGACCAAAGGUAUCUAUCACCACUUGCCCACCUUUCCAGCCCACGAUGGCAAAAAGUAUUCCGCAAUCGUGACAGGGGCAAAUGGAAUCUCUGGUUCAGCUAUUGUCGAUGUCCUAGCGGGAAGCCCAGAGCGAUGGGAAACAAUCUAUGCCAUUUCACGCCGUCCUCCACUGAGCACACAGCCUCAUGUCAAGGCAAUUGCAGCGGACUUUCUGAGUAGCCCUGAAGAUAUUUCCGAACUGUUGAGGAAAGAAGGUGUCAAAGCUGACUAUGUAUUCUUUGCCUCCUAUGUCCAACCACCGACGAAACUAGGCCAGGCCCUCUGGUCCAACACCGAAGAAAUGGACAAAAUGAACGUAUCCCUUCUCUCAAACUUCCUCUCCGCUCUAACAAUCAACGGCACAGUCCCCACCCGCUUCUUCCUCCAAACCGGCGCCAAGCACUAUGCCCUCCACCUCGGGCCCACCAAACUCCCCAUGUCCGAAGAUUCUCCCCGCAUACCGCACCCAAACUUCUACUUCCCCCAAGAAGACGCUCUCUCCACCUGGUGUCUCCAGCACCACUCCUCCUGGACGGUAACACGCCCCGGCUUCAUCAUCGGCGCCGUGAAAGAAGCUUCUAUGAACAUCACCUACGCCCUAGCAAUCUAUGCCACCAUCCAAAAAGAGCUCGGCCUCGCACUUGAAUUCCCCGCUAAUAUCGCGGCUUGGGAUGUCAAUAAAGAUCUCAGUGUUGUGAAACUCAUAGCAUACCAUGCGGAAUGGGCCGUCCUUACCGAGGCGGCAGCGAACCAGGCGUUAAAUAUCGUGGAUGAUUCGCGGUUUUCGUGGGGUGCGUUUUGGCCUAUCCUUGCGAGCUGGUAUGGGAUUCCAUAUGGGGUUCCGGAGUUGGAUGAGGGGAAGUAUACUCGGGUUGUUAUGCCUGAUGAUGCGCCGAGAGGUUUGGGGGCCGGGGGUGAU